GCCGUUAAUCACUUGCCUUGUUAUGUCUGCCCUGGUGGAGAGCGGAUAUAUGGUGAGCCUGGAUAUGAGUUGACAGCAGGCAUCCCGGUACCUGCAUUACAGCACACUCACUCCUCUCAAACCAUGGUCAUGAGGAGGACCUUUUUUAUUCCCUCUUCCUCUUUCCCCCUAUCUCUUCUUGCCCUCGCCGUCAUCCCCGCUCCGGGACUACCAGGGAACAGGGAGAUACGCAAGACAUCCCUUUGACGAAGCGCCGGAGAUUCCUUCAGCGCUGUCACGUACUUCUUACAAAGCAUGGCUUCGUUUGAGAAGCUAGAAGCCAGCCCAGAAGGGACAUUUGGUCCCUAUUAAUAGCCUAGCGCAGUUUGUUUUUUUUUUAGCGACGCAGCCGCUCGGCGUUCAAGCAUCGAUGGAUCACAUGAAGCUUGACUUGGACAGGUAGAUGUCCCGUCUACCCACUCGCCCAGGAUUUGCGGUUUGUCCUCUUGUGCUGCUCGUCGUCGCUCUCAUCGUCCUUCCUUCAAAUGCACGGCAGUCGAUCACUCUUGCCAGAGCUCGUUCUCGCAUGGGCGCGCCGUGCUGAACCAUCCCGGCCUGCUCACGCAUAUAUAAUCCGGUUGUUAUCAAACAGCAAAAAGCAACUUUUGCUUCUGUCCAAUCAACCUGCUUAUAUAAGCCAAGCAACGUCCAAACGUCCAAACGCCCCAAAAAACGGCGCAGAAAAGAAAAGAAAUAUCCAACGACAGAUGCGCAGACACGACAGCAGGAGGAAGAGAAAAGCGACGAAUUGGCUCAUUUCGUAUAGCAGGAAACGUUGCUAUAUCAUAGCUUAUAUGUCACAUACGGAGUACGUCGAAUGAUAAAUAUACGAUAGGAGUAUCGACGCAGCUCUUGGCCCCUUGGACGAUGGAAGCUAGCAGACAGGCAUUGGCCGUAUCCACCAGGGCAGACAGUUUGGCAGAAGGUGUUACUAUUAUCGUGCCACCACCUCGAAAUGCAGACGGAUUCACAUCUCAUGGAUAUCGCGAAUACCAUAGCUCUGCAAUUGGGGCUGUCAUUUCGCUCGACACAGUGGUUAAACCCAAUAAUUGAGCCCCGAAGCCUGCCAUGCUAGGAUUUCAAACGCCAACAAGCAUCGUUCUUUGUCCUAUCAUGCGCCACAUCUCCCAAUACUGCAAAGUCGGGGUGGAGCUGUAUUAUUCACAUCUCAAAAGACUACAGUCGGCUCCUAGCGUGAGAGGCCUAUUUAUUGAUUCGGAGAUUCAGGGCUUAUCGACAGUCUCUCACGAUCGUCUCUGAUCUAUGCUGAAGACGCUCUCCUCCUUUCUUCUCAUGAGGUGAAUAGUUAAAGCCGGAUAUAAAGGAUUCGUGAGAAGGAAAAAAUAAAAAAAAUAAAAAAAUGGAGCAUAUUACUACCUCACGUCAUAAUUAUCAUCAGCUCUCUUGAGUCGCCGACGUUGAGAAAAGCUCUGAAAGAAGCUAGUUCACAACGGUCUAAUAAGUAGCACUCUGGGUAUGGACCCGUAUGUACCUCAGCCUCGCCUGAAGUCCAGUGGACAGUUGAACACCUUUGAUUCCCUUGUCCUGUAUGUUUUCGCCCUUCUACGGAGUAUAGUUUUCCUCUUCCUUUUCUCUCUUUUUCUCGCUCUCUACUUUCCUCUUUCUUUAGAUUCUUUCUUUUUCUUCGAUGGAACAUCAUUCUUUUUUACCUCCGUUU